CAAAAAACUUAAAGAAAAAAAAACAUAGGUAGAGCGUAGAGACUAUCAAAACUUAAUGAAACUUAGAAGAAUAAUUAAAGAGAAUUAGAAGAAAAAAUACGGUUACGGAAAGAGUUGAGAGAGGAGUCGAAAUCAAAGAGAUAGUAAAAGUGGUUAAACAACCUGAAACAGGAUAGAAUAGGAUCAUUGAAAGUAUAAAGUAUAAAGUAAUGUCGCCUACAAGAUCUUGUCCUAGAUCCUGUUCUGCAGACUUGCGUCCCUUGCUACUUUUGCUACUUGUACCCCUUGUUACUUUCGGCAGCUACCAAGCUGGGUUUGUUGGAGGCAAAUCCAGCACCGACCAAAUUUUCACUCUACGGCAGAUCCUUCAGAAGUGACGAGAGCGCCAGUUCCCUACGCAUCACCUGUUCAUCGACUUCAAGGCGGCCUACGACAUCAUAGGCCGGAAGGAGCUAUGGAGCACCAUGCAGCGGUACCACUUCCCUGGGAAGUUGAUCCGGCUGUUAGAGGCCACCAUGAACGGGGUGCAGUGCAAGGUGAGAGUGUCGAACUUGACGUCGGAAUAGUUCGAAUCUCACAGGGGUCUGAGGCAUAGUGACGGACUCUCCUGUCUCCUCUUUAACAUCGCUCUCGAAGGUGUGAUUCGAAGCGCGAGGCUAGACAACGAUAUCCGUGGCACGAUCCUCUACCGAUCUCUCCAAUUUCUUAGCUUCGCGGAUGACAUCGACAUCGUGAUAAAUAAUCAAAUGUCAGAUGGCUUUAUAAUAAUCGAAUAGAAAUAACACUUCACCACCGUCCCACUAUAACAUGUUUAGAUUUAUUCCCCAAUAGAGGAUCACUUGUUUCACACUCUUUGUCACUGUUAGUUACACUUGACCGUUAACAAACCAUUAAUCAUUUACGGUUCAAUUAAUAAACAAAUUUGUUAAUGUGUCUCCUUCACUAAUGCUCAUAUCAACUAUCAGUCAUGUAACACACACGCAUUGCAAAUAGUGCCCGAGAGUGAUAAGACAAUGCUUACAACCGUUAGCCGUAGAAUAGAACUGAUGCACCCACCGCUGCACGCCUUCUCGAUCGCGAACACGUGUGAAUCUCGCACACCAUACUCUUAUCAAUCGCCGCUGUUAAAGCGCGCAUUCUGGCACCAUCAACAUCUCCUCUACUCUGCUGCACAUUGUGCGCGAAAAUUCAACAGCUGACGGCACGGUGAAAACAAACAGCGAAGCUUCAGCCACGAUCACAAAUAUAGCACGACGAAACAUUCCGACGUGGGCGUAGUGUAGAUGUAGAUCCUGUGAAAAAGCGGCACGACAACAUCCACACCAUCUAACCGCGGUGUGCAUUGUCGCCGUUACCUUCUCGUGGGGUUAACAUUAUGAUGACGACGACGUCGACGAUGAUGAUGGUUCGGGACACGUGAGAGCGAUUUGCCGCCGAGGUGUUGGGUUGGUCGAGAACUCAACCAACCCGUCCGGUCCGUGAUGGCGUUGUUGCGGCAGUCGUGCCGUGGAUCGUCCAUCGGAUCAGUGUGCCCAAUCUGCGGUUGGUUGUGCGUGCCGUUGAUACUUCCUUGCUGCCGUGUGCUGCCACUAGAUCAACGCGUGAAGAAUGAAUCCGGUGCUGUGUGACUUCAUUGCCGGUUCCUUCGGUGGUGCCUGCGGUCUGCUGGUGGGUCAUCCGAUGGACACAAUUAAGGCAUGGCAGCAGAACUCAAACUACGGCAUGGGCAGCGCAAUGUACAACAUCAUCAUACGCAACAACGGUCUGCGAGGCUUCUACCGUGGAAUGUACUUCCCGCUCCUUUCCAACGGUGCUCUCAACUCGGUCGUCUUUGCCGUCUACGGUUCCCAUUUGCGCUAUCUGCAGAAGCACACUCGUUCGGAUAGGCUGCGGAAGGCGUAUUGGAGGAAGCAUGUGUUUUUCGCCGGUUCUAUGGCCGGUCUAGCGCAAGUGUUUCUGGCCUGCCCGAUCGAAGUGGUGAAGGUGCGACUUCAGACACUAUCCUUCAUUGGACAUCCCUGGGCCUGCCUGAAGGACAUCUUCCGGCGCGAGGGCUUCUCGGGGAUCUACCGCGGCAUUACGCCGAUGAUGUUCCGGGACGUGCUGCCGUACGGUGUGUACAUGUAUGUGUACGAGUACAUGCUAGAGAUUGAGGAACGAUUGCACCGGCUCAGCAAGGAGCGGCUUACUGGUGUCCCGGUCGGUGGCGCACUGCAGGCAUCGUUGAUCGCAACGGCCGGGGCCGUCGCCGGCGUUGCCUCGUGGAUGUUUAUCGUACCGUUCGACGUCGUUAAGACGGUAAUGCAGGCAGAGACGGACCCGACCGUACACAAGAGCAUGAUGCACUGUUUCCGAUCGAUGAUAAAGAAACAUGGGUGGCGUUCGCUGUUCCGUGGCAGUUUGGUUAUCAUCGCCCGUGCUGCACCGGUCAAUUCGGCCACCUUUCUCGGUUACGAGUACUGUUUGGAAAAGUGUCAACACCUUUUGGAUGAAAAGUGAAUUGCUGCUACUUUUAAUGAAUGCGUGUGGAUUCGUAAGACGGAGUCGGAUGUCCCACAUCCGGUAUAAAACCUGCUCGGUAAAUGGUAAAUGAUUGGAACAAUCUCGUGCAGGAUGUGUACAGCUUGUAGAAACUUAUAAUUUUUAGAUUAUGUACAAUAUGUUACGUUUAAAAUCAAAGCAAGUAUGUUAAGCAUUCGUUAUAAAAAAUAUAUAUUAAGAUUAAAGAAAAAAAGUAAUCGAUAUGUUUCUUUCUCCGAUAAUCUAAAAGACUUUCGCCAGGGCGUAAGCGACGGGACGGAGCAUAAAGCGGAAUAGAGGUCGUUGGAUAGGAUACUAGAAAUAAAGCAUUUUUGGAUGGGCUAAUGCCGGACUUCAAUAGGCUUAAGCCCAAGAAGAUGACAGCGGAUAGGAUAGGGAGGGAAAGCCUGUUGGGAACGAAAUGUUUCCUGAGGACUAAUUGUCUGGUAAUUGUUUCCUGACUUGAAAUAAGUGUGUAAAGAAAUAGGGUUCAUGCAAUAGAAAUUUCAUUCAAUUCAUUUAAUUCAUUUAUUACUUCCACACUAUGCCUUUAAGGCUAAUAAUUAAUAAUAAUUAAUUACAUUAAUUCAAGAACUUAGAGAAGAAAAAAACAACAAUUAUAUAAAAGAAUGAAUUGAGACUAAACAAAUCGUCAACUUUUAUGCACAAAAAGAAAAUAUAAGGAAAUAAAUAGAAAGAUCAGCAAGAUGGAUGAAACGUAAGAGCAUGAGAGCGAGAAGAACUUAAGAAGGAGUUGAAUUCGAAGAGAUCAUGAUAGUAGUUAAACCAUCUGAAACAGGACAGAAACGGAUCAUUAUGACAAUGUAUGUCGUGUUUCUACGUAUAGAGGAGGACGGCAACGGAGACCACGAGAAGCUACAUAUAGACAAAUAGGGGCAAGAGGCAAUCAGAUGUCGUCGAUAGGACAGGGAGGCACUUGUGUAGAACGAAAAAUACAUCGAAAUGAAACCCUGGCGAGAUGUCUUGGAACAUUUACUGAUCUAGUGGAUCCCUCAAUACUAUAAGAACUAAACGAACUAAACUGCAGUAGAGCGUUCUUAAGCAGCAAAGAUCUCUAAAAUCAAAUAAAACCCUGAAUUGGAAUCCCAGGGUUUUAUUUCUUGAUUUAUCUUUAUUUUAAUUUUAUGUUAUUUAAAUUCUACGGUCCAUGACACAAUCGUCAAUUCGCACAACCUAACAACAUGCCCGCAGUAGGUUCACGCCUCGUAUACACCGUCCCUCGUAGCAAGGACUUACUCCGGCUGCGUGGUACUUAAGAAGUCUCGAAAGCCUCUAUAGGUCGUCAUGACAGCGUAGGUCAAACGCCAUAGAGCAGAAUAAUGGUUUGUUAAAUCUCAGGUGUUUGCUCUUGUUCGCUAUUUUUCAUUCUACGCUAUUCUAUUGCGUUAAUCUUAUGUUAGCGUACGUAUACUUACAUCGUGUGGGGUUAAAGUAGAUGGUGUGGUUCCAGAAUAAUUAUUAGCGAUUACUUACAUGAUCUAAGAUUCCUCUUCGAGGUGCUCUGUUUAUUAUUUCACUUGGAAUAAUUUAUCGCAGAAUUUCACCGUAUUCGCAGUAUUGCAAACAUAAUCUGUUCCAAACCUUGUUUCAGACCACUUGUCCGCCCUUACCUGUGCCGAAAUGGGUUAGAAAAAAUGCUAAACUGCGUAUGAUUCGCCGCCGCCUACUUAUGCAGUCAAUGGGGUUCUAUGAAUACAACAAAUCUUACAUCAACAUUUCCAUAUUCAUAGCAAGCGUAGUAUUAGGUCCGAAGGGCUUUACUUCGAAGGAUUGUGCUUAUAAUCUUGCGUGUACAUAACAUAGUCGCCAUAGGGAAAGGUGUUUUUUUUGUCAUCAUGCCAUCUCACCCUCUUUUGCAAUCACACCAGAGUGAUAGCUAAAGCAACUGAAGUUUGUAAUGGGCUACUGGUGGAGAGGAACUUCCACAACCACUAAAUUUUCCACAACGGAAAGUGCCCUACCGCGAAGAAGAAAAAAAUAAAGAAAAAAAAACAACAUCCGAUUAAAAGUGGCCUUAUGGUGGAGGAAACCCAAAUACAACAUACAAACAAAGUUAUUUUAGCCGUGUUCUGCGCGAAAAUCGUCGAAGAUACAACAAACAGUCAAGCAAAAUAGCGCCCGAAAUCGAACACAAGUAGGAAUCUUCCGCCACCUUGGACAUUGUGGUUUUCGUUUUUGAACGUCACAUUUUGUUUUAUUGAUGCAUCUAUCCAUCUGUUUGUUUUGUUUUCCAUUGCUUCCUUUAGUUGAAUACAAUAUUGUAGAGUAAUUAUUAGCAGCUGCUGCUGAUAACAGACAACUUUUGCUUGCCACUUCUCUCUCUCUCUCUCUCUCUCUCUAUCGUUAUGUUGCUCCACCUUUCUCUCUCUUUCUCUUUCUGCUUUUCUAUCUGCCCCUUUUUACCUUCUGCUUCUUCUGCUUUUUUGUCAAUCUUACACACGACAUGUGUUCUUCUUUCAUUUGCUUCUUUUUUUCAUUUUACACCUACUAACACUUUUGUUUUUCAAGCUUUUUUCCAUUGCGAUUCUCUACACGUGUGUACGGGGACACUUUAGUUUAACAGCACAUGGCGUCUCGUUCGUUCUACACACGCCAUUAUAUCGCUGACACAUUUGCGUGUUUUUGUUUUGUUUUGUCUACUAUUCUCGGUACUUAUAGCUUCCUUUUAUCUUUCACAUUUCUUUGUUGUUGUUUAUUUCUUCUGGUUUUUUUUUUGUUUAGGGGGAGUACUGUUUAUGCUCUUUAAAUGUGAUUCCUAUGGGAGGGUGUGAUUUUUGCUUGGAAUUUGCUUUGCUCUCGCGGGGUGAGCGGUGAGUGUUCUUUAGUAUCACGUUUUAGUUGUUUAUCAUUUGCCGCUAAUCAUAAUAUGUUUAACGCUGUUAGCAGGGCUGUGGUGUAUGUGUGUGAGUGUGAGCGUGUGUGUGUUUGUGUGUCUAUAAUGAUUUGUUAUAAUUCGUUCAUACCGAACUCUGCUGAUCUGACCACCUGGCUUUAAUGUACUAACUUUUACGGAUUACACGUAACGAAAUUCAAUCAUGUAUGGGUUGGUUCAUGUGUUCCAAAGAAGUAUUCGCUCAUGGAUUCGAUUACGACCUAUUCAUAACCACGUGCGUAAUGCAUAGGCAUAUCUACGAUUUAUCGAAGGAAAAAAAAUAUAAUCCCUUU